UACACAGACGUAGAUUAUACAUAUAAUACUCUUACCAUUUUCUCUCAAAACAAUCACGUCCUAGGGUUUGUUCCUUUUCCAUAGGUCAUGACCUCUCUCACUACCCAGUACCACAUCCCCAUCGAAAACCCAAACUUUCUCGGGAAUUUUCCAUUCCUACGAUCAAAUAAGCAUCUGGUUCUCUUCAUUUCCUUGUAUUGAUUCAAAUAUGUCGUCUUUUCAAGACCAUGAGAUCGACACAGAUAAUGACUCCGGCAAUAUUUCCGAUCUCAGCAACAGUGCCGGUGAGCUCAGAGACGAUAAAAAUGGACUCUGUCGAUCAGCGAUGAUUCAACCCGUUUUGAAAGAAGAACCGAUUGGAUCCGAUCCGGAUUUUCCGGAUCAGAAUCCUAACAAUCCAGAAGGACAGGCACCUCUCGGGAUGUUACAGUUGAUGCAGAUGCAAGUACCCACUCCGGUGCCGCUGCCGGUUGCUACUACAGCACGGCGGUCGUCGACCAAGGACCGCCACUUGAAGGUGGAGGGACGUGGCCGGAGGAUCCGAAUACCCGCUACUUGUGCGGCCCGGAUCUUCCAGUUGACCCGAGAGCUCGGCCACAGGUCCGACGGCGAGACCGUCCGGUGGCUCCUCCAACACGCCGAGGAAGCGAUCAUUGAGGCCACUGGAACCGGCACCGUCCCUGCGAUAGCAGUCUCCGUCGCCGGAACCUACAAAAUACCGACGACGUCGUCUUCAUCGGCAAAUCAAGCCGGUGAAACCCACAACCCCCCGAACAAGAGACGAAAACCGUCGAACAGCGAGUUCCACGAAGUGGGUUCAAACGACAGCGUCUCUCAGGUCGCCGGACUAGCACCUGUGGGACCCACAAAGGUCGCCGGAGCUACACAAGGUUUGGUGCCCAUUUGGGCGGUGAGCAAUGCUGGAAUGAUGAUACCCUCCAACGCUUUGUGGAUGAUGCCGCCGGGGGUAGCGGGAGCUUCGAACUUCAAUCAGCCUCAGUUAUGGACGAUAACGCCGUCGGUGACGCCGGUUUUCGAAGCGCCUCGCCUGCAGGCGGCCGUCAGUAGUACGGCUGGUGGAAUUGAAAAUCUGGCGAUGUACAAUAGCCAGAUGACUUCCGAUAUGGUGGCAGUGGGCGGAGCAAAGGCGGGGACAAAGAAGUCGAGUAUGGCGGCUGCGAGUGUGAGCUCCGGUGGGACAAAGGCUCAGAUGUUAAGAGAUUUUUCAAUGGAGAUUUAUAAUAAGAAGGAAUUGCAAUUUAUGGGUGGGAAUCAACAAACACAACCUUCUUGUUCGGAGCCAUGAGAGAGAUGGAGAUCCACAGUGAUGAAUUCAAAUACAUACAUGUUUGUGGAUGUUUUUGUGUUUUGGAGAGGUAUAACUAACUGUUUACUUUUGUUAUAGCCACAGUGAUGUAUGCAAAAUCAUACUCGCAGUUAGAAUUUUUUGGUUA